AUCAAUCCCAUACCUGACAGAAGAAAGUUAUAUUACACACGAAGUACAGAAACCUGUUAGCUUGCUACAACAGCACUGGUACCCGUCAGCCAAAAAAUUUUCUCUCUCGGCAACUUUUUCUUUCGACGGACCAGUUGCGGUUUGACGCAAAAUACUUUUGUCAAAUGACUAUUUUCGAAUGACAGCCAAUGCAGACCUAGAACCUAUGCUUCACGUUAACGACGAUACAGGCGAUCUAGACAUAGAGGAUUUUGGCGAUGGCAAUAUUCCAAGUGACAGACGCCCGAGUGCAUUCUCAAGUGGUUAUUCGGAUUCUGAAGAAGAAGCCGAUGAUACUGACGAACGUCGGCGGAAGUUUGAUCGCGCCUACGACCAGCACUCGUCGUCUGAUGACGACGACGAACAGGACUACAUGCCGCCAAAGAAGCGGUACGGUGACCUUCAUAAUCCAAUGUCCUUUACGGAGCGCCGCGAAGCUGAAGAGCUGAUUCUCGAUCGAAUAACAAAUCAUUUGACAGGAGAUAAAUUGCCCGGCAUACUCGCUAUAAUACAAAUGAAUAAUGGCGAGAAUCGUAAAGGAUCCGUAGAAAUUGACCUUUCAUCAUUAACGCCGCCGAGAUUACGCAACGUUUUGGCAUAUGUUGAAGCGUGCAUGAAAGAACAACAAGGAGGACCGAAAGUGGACGUCAACUCGUACAUCUUACAAGAAGCGAACAGAGAAACGAACAGUUAUAAAGUCGAAGGAAAUGUAUCCGACGAAUCAACACCGAAUGCAUCGAAAAGAAGAAGGGAGAGGAGAACGUCAGAUCAAAACGAUUAUGUUGCACCAAAAAGGAAGCGAGCAACAAAGCAGACCACUAGGAACCGAAGGAAAACCAAGAAAUCAUUAAUCGACUUACUUCCUCCAGUUAAGCCCGUGGUUGAACAAAAUUUAACCGAGACCAUCGACGCAGCAUCCGAAGGUGAUGAAGAAUCGCUUACAACACAGGUGAUUACCAAUGUAUCUAAGGAAAUGUCGACUUCCGUCGAACGCAGUGGACCGAUAUCGCUGGCCGACUUCGUAUCUGCAAGUGAAACGAAUUUAGAUACUAAACCAGUUGUGGCGCCAAUCCAGCGAAAGAAAGUUACGAAGAAAUCAACCUCCAGAUCAUUCUCAGCGAAGGUUGUUCAAACUGGAGAAGGCAGUAUAGCAGGUUCACGACCAAAAAGAUUGGCAGCGUUACAAAGUAUGAGUGUUGUAGAGGAUUUAUUAGGUGACAGCACAGAUGAGGAUGAAGGGGAAGAAGAGCAAAUCACAUGGCAACAAGACGAGGAAAUACGCCAACCAGUGGUGUCUUUAGAAACUAUUCGAACUCACAAUAAUGAGGAUGACGAUGAUGACGAUGACAUCGAUGUACUUGAAUGAUUCAUACGAAAGAGUUUUUGAAAGGAAUAAAAAGUAGAAAC